GUGACAUGGAAAUACCAGCUGGGGUGCAUUUCGCCUAGAGAUAAAUUCGUCCCUCUGUAUCUCUGUGAGACAGCAGGGAGGGUCCUCGGUGGCAAAUACAGCUCCAGCCAUGGGCAGGUCCUGCUCAGUCUCUGGAUGAAGAAGCCUGGAGAUUCCUGAGAUAUAUCAGCACCACCCAGUGGCCCACCUUAUCCGCCUGGAGUAAAGAAUAGAGAACUUUGUGAGCAUCCUUCUGAGAUCUGUGCCCGUGGCUGUAACAACAUCUUCCAGUGGGGAUGCCAUGCUGUCCUGGGUCCACUGUGCCCCCUUGGCCUGAGGCUCUCUGUCAAUGUCUCUUCCUUCUCCCAGACUAAUGUACCUCUGCAAAGCCUCUUUCCUCUCAUCUCUGCUCCUGAUCUGUUUUCUGGGCAAAUGGUUAUAGCAGCUCAUUGCUUCCCUUCAAGUCUGCACUGAGUCUCCACGAAGUCACUUCUUAUCUGAUUGCAUGCAAUCACUUGAGCGCAGACAGCCUGGCUACUGACUCCAGCCCUGCAAACAAACCCUGGUUGGUGUGUCUUGAUGACAGGUUUGGCUUAGCUCAUCAAAUCCGCAGCAAGCAGUGCCGCCUCUACUCUUUAGGGCUGGGAAGUGAUGAUACCCAUUUUGAGGUGAGCAUGGCCAAUGAUGGAUGUGAGGUGCACCGUUUUGACCCUAGCGUCAAAUCGGCUCAUGUUCUUGAGAGUCAGCACUUGUGGUAUCACCGCCUGUCCAUCGAUUGGCGGGAUCCUCAUCCUGCUCUGGCCAACCAAAAACCAUACAGCAACACCAGAAAACUGGGAAGUAUUUUGAAUGAAUUUGGGCAUCACAAGAUUGAUGUUCUCAAGGCAGAUCUGGAAAGUGCAGAAUGGAAAGUUUUGGAAAAUCUGAUUCUGGAAGAUGUCCUUGAGCAGAUUGGACAGCUCGUCUUUGAGAUUCAUCUUCACUGGCCUGGGUUUGAGGUCAGCGGCAGUGACAGCAGUGUUGUGCGGUUCUGGUACAGCCUACUCAAAGAGCUAGAACAGAAGGAUUUCAGGCUUUUUCACACUUAUAAAGAUUUAUCUAAACCUCAGCUCUUCCUGAAGAAAGAUUUUUUCAAUGCUAGUAGCUGUUACACUUUGAGUUGGGUGAAUACAAGAUGGAAAUAGAAUGGAAGACUUCAUCGAAAACACAGGGAAAUAUUUUGCAGAAUUGAACAUGUCCAGCAUUCUGGUCAUCCAGCCUCCCACUGACCUAUUGUACUGACUCAAGGCAGGGCUUGUAUUAUUGUUUCUCUAGCUAUGUACCCUGCCACUUGAUGUGUGGUGGGGGAAGUUAAUACUUGUUGAAGGGAUGAACUCUGUUAUCCUCAUUUGCCUAGAGGCAAGCUCUUUUGUCUUUUUGCCUUUGACAGUACAAAUGUUUGUCCUCUUUCACCUUCAUUUGGAGCUAAAUCUCCAGUUCAUCCCAGUUUUUUUCUAAAAUUCAUUAUGUGAGGAAAAAAAAUAAAAUUCAUUGUGUUUGGAGUCCA